AUGAUUAUUGGUAGCUUCAUAUCUAUCUAUCUAUCUAUCUAUCUAUUUCAAUCAUUUCAUUGUCUUAUUUUCUUCAUAUCUAUCUAUCUAUGUAUCUAUCUAUCAAAUCAGUUUAUUAUCUUUCUUCAUAUCUAUCUAUCUAUCUAUGUAUCUAUCUAUCUCAAUCACUUUAUUAUCUUUCCUGAUAUCUAUCUAUCUCAAUCAAUUUAUUAUCUUUCUUCAUAUCUAUCUAUCUAUCUAUCUAUCUAUCAAUCACUUUCAUUAUCUAUCUUUCUUCAUUUCUUCAUAUCUAUCUAUCUAUAUCUCAAUCAUUUAUUAUUUUUCUCAUUAUCUAUUUUAUUAUCUAUUCUAUUCAUCAUAUCAUUAUUAUCAUCUAUCUAUCUAUCUCAAUCAAUUUAUUAUCUUUCUUCAUAUCUAUCUAUCUAUCUAUCUAUCUCAAUCAAUUUAUUAUCUUUCUUCAUAUCUAUCUAUCUAUCUAUCUCAAUCAAUUUAUUAUCUUUCUUCAUAUCUAUCUAUCUAUCUAUCUCAAUCAAUUUAUUAUCUUUCUUCAUAUCUAUCUAUCUAUCUCGCUUCAUUAUCUUAUUUUCUUCAUAUCUCUCUAUCUCAUUAUUUUCUUUUAUUAAUCUCCCUCUUUCUAUUUAUUUACCUAUCUAUUUAUCUAUCUAUCUAUCUAUCUGA